UAUUUUUUUAAUAUAGCUGACCACCAAGAUGGUGUCGCUGUCCAUGGUGCUGAUCUGGUUAGCGUUCGUGAGAGGACUGUUGCCGGGGGCCAGCGCAGGCAAGCCCGAGAAGACACAGCUGUACAUCGGCGGCAUCUUCCCCAUGACGGGCGGGGGGUGGUCCGGCGGGCAGGCCUGCCUCCCCGCGGCGCUCAUGGCCCUACAGGACGUCAACUACCGGGAGGAUAUACUCCCAGGGUACCACCUCAACAUGAUUCACAACGACAGUGAGUGCAAUCCAGGAAUCGGCACGAACGUGAUGUACCGCCUGAUCUACCACCCACCUCCCAAACUCAUGUUACUGACCGGCUGCAGCAGCGUGUCCACACACAUCGCCGAGGCAGCCUACAUGUGGAACCUCAUGGUGCUCGCGUAUGGAUCCAGCUCACCGGCCCUCUCAGAUCGAAAGCGGUUCCGGACAUUCUUCCGGACCCAUCCGUCCGCCGUGCUCCACAACCAGGCCCGGAUCCGGAUGUUUCAGUACUACCAGUGGAGCAAGAUCUCCAUCAUACAGGAGACACAGGAGGUCUUCACGUCGACCAUAGAGGAUCUGGAGAAAAGAGCUAAAGAGGCCAACAUCACCAUAGCUACCAGGCAGAGUUUCCUUUCAGAUCCGACCAAUGCCGUUCGUAGCCUCAAGCGCCAGGAUGCCAGGAUCAUCGUCGGUGUUUUCUACGAGGACAUGGCGCUCAAAGUUUUCUGUCAGGUGUACAAAGAGAAGAUGUACGGGAAUCGGCACGUGUGGUUUAUCAUCGGCUGGUACCCUGACAACUGGUACCAGAAGGUGGAGGAGAACGAUGUGAACUGUACUGUGGACCAGAUGAGAGAGGCACUGCAGGGCCACUUCACUACUGAGAUGACAAUGAGAUCCCUGGACGACACCCCCAGCUUUUCUGGACUGAACGUGUCACAAUUCGAUGAGGAAUUGUUGAUCAAACUGAACAACAGCGACCCAAACGACACGCCAGGCUACCCGGAGGCUCCCCUGGCGUACGACGCAGUGUGGGCCCUGGCGCUGGCUUUGAACCAGACUAUCACCAGGCUUACAGAGAAAGGAGUCAACGUGGGGCUGGACAAAUUCACAUAUGAUAAUAGUACAAUAUUCCGUGAAUUCUACCGUGCCAUGGACUCUACGUCUUUCCAGGGCGUCUCGGGCCCUGUACAGUUCCUGUCUACAGGAGACCGCCUCACUCUGACGCAGAUCGAGCAGAUGUGGGAUGGACGAUACUACAAGAUCGGUUACUACGACAACAAAAAUAACAACUGGACACUGAAUCACAGCAUCGUACGAUGGAAUGGUCCUCAUCCGCCAUAUGACCGCACGCUGGUUGUUGAAGACUUGCGGCUGGUGUCCAUGGAGCUGUAUGUCGGCAUGUGUUCCUCCGCUCUUGUCGCCAUGCUGGCAGCGUUCGGCUGUCUGGUGUUCAACGUGCUGAACAGAAACGUUAGGUACAUCACCAUGUCCCAGCCGGGUCUGAACAACAUCGCCGUGCUGGGCUGCAUCACCUGCCUCUCGUGCAUCUUCCUCUUCGGCCUGGACAACUCCAGUCUGUCUGAGGACCAGUUCACAGCUAUCUGUCAGGCCCGGACGUGGGUACUUGUUGUUGGCUUCACCCUGGCUGUAGGAUCGAUGUUCUCCAAGAUCUGGCGAGUUCACAGACUCACCACCAGGGCACGAGAGGAGGACAAGGUAGUGGAGGCGUGGAAACUCUACGCUCUGCUAGGACUAUUUUUAGCGGUUGACGUCAUCAUCAUGACAGUCUGGCAGUUGACAAACCCCAUGACGAGGUAUCUGGAGGAGUUUCCGCAAGAAGUGCCUGAAGGAAGCGAUGACAUCGUUAUCCAGCCCAAACUGGAACACUGCACCUGUGACAACUUCACCAUAUGGCUUGGUGUUCUGUACGGCUACAAGGGUCUCCUCCUGCUGUUCGGGGUCUUCCUGGCCUACGAAACCCGUGACGUCAACAUAAAAGACAUCAACGACACGCGAUACGUCGGAAUGAGCAUCUACAACAUAGUGGUCCUGUGCCUCAUCACAGCGCCAGUCACUAUCCUCAUCAGCAGCCAGCAGGACGCCACCUUCGCCUUCACGUCUCUGGCCAUCCUGUUCUGCACUGUCAUCACUCUCGGACUCAUCUUCAUCCCAAAGAUCAUGAACUACAAACAGAAGAGCAUAGAGGAGACGUCUCAGCCUCUCCAGGCCCCUGGAGUAACGCAAGAGGAGGAGGAGAAACAGAAAAGACUACAGGAGGAAAACGAUACGAUGAAGAAGCAGAUAACACAGAAAGAGGAACGAAUCCGUGAACUUCAGAAGAGUUUGAAAGAGCUGCUGAAAGAGGGACAGAAAAUGACAAACACCUUCCUUGCGCCCCCUGGCGUCGGCAGACUGCAAGCCACCGGUAACAACUUCACUCGCCUCUCGGCUUCAUCGAUGGCGUCAUCAAGCGCCGUGUCAAGCUAUGCUUCCAACGCUACAGAGGUAUUCGAGGAAGUUUUGGACACCCCUCCCCCUAAAUAUCGGGGGAAGGCACCUUCCAUCAGCUUCGAUGUUGGGAACGAGACCAUCGAACGUGUGCCUGAUCACGUGAUGCUCCCCACAGUCAAGGUGACCUUGUCGGACGAACCGGCGGAAGAUGGCGGCCAGUUCGAGUCUUUCUUGUGACACGUCUUGUGGUCGUUUUGUCUGCUACUUGAAUAAAGGAGGGAGGAAUAUCUUCAGGAGGUCCGGUUUUACAAUUGAACCGAUAGGACCUGACCAAAAGUAAGAUAUCUCGAAAAUCAAACGACAGGGUGUUAGGAAUAAGGAAAGUAAGGGCAGUAACAGUCUCUUAACUCUAUCUUAACUAUGUACUACUACAAGUGAAAAAUCUAUAAACGUAUUGUACUUUUUUCUUUAUAUUAUGAAAUAUUCCACAUUGAGUCUGGUAUUGGUAACUUAACUCGUGAUAUGUGAGAUAUGAUAUCAGUUAAUCCUGGCUGUUACAAAAAAAUGUACAAUAUUGCUUUAAGUUCCACUUAGACAAUUGUGGUUUGUUAGUUAGUGUUGACAGUGAAAUGAAUAUGAUAUGUUAUACUUGUCGUGUCAAUACUAUUGAGUGAGUCUCUAUAAGUAUAACUGUUCUGUUAGUCCACGACUUUGACAAUGUACAAAUUUGUCAAGCUGUAAUGAUGUCUAAAUCCGAAGCAAUAGUUAUCCGGUUAAAGUUCUCCUGUAUCGAUCAUGAAAACUCACCUUUAUAAGGUAGCAGAUUGGAAUUUCGCGUGCCUUUGAUUGGUAUCUAAUGAAUCCACGGUAUUUCGAUUAGUUUCGUGGAUGGUGUUUUCAGUGGACGUCAUUAGAGAAAGUAUCGCCAAUUUCAUUGCAUACAAUAAAUUCAUACACUAAAGAAUAUGUGACUGUCAUUU